CGGACCUUCACAAACUGCGAGGUGGGGCUACGGGGAACAAGAAUCAUAAACAGUAGGUACAGAUGGUAGAUUGACCGAGCCCCUGCCACAGAAGCAUCUGCUUAGCACUUCGCCAUUUAGACCUCCUUUUCGGUCCGCCAAUCUACUCAAAACUGAUAAUUUCUUUCUCUAACCGUCCUCUUCUGGUCUAGUGGCAUACAAACAUGGCCACCCCCAAGAAGUUGAAUUUUAUCACCGGUAACAAAAACAAGCUGGCAGAAGUGAAAGCGAUAUUGGGAAAUCUGGUCGACGUUGAGAACCAAGCGGUCGAUCUACCCGAAAUACAAGGCACGAUUGAAGACAUUGCCAGAGAGAAGUGUCGACGAGCGGCAGAGGUGAUUGGGGGACCGGUGUUGACGGAGGAUACUGCGCUUGAGUUCCAUGCUCUAAAAGGGCUUCCUGGACCAUACAUAAAGUCGUUUCUUGAUGCCUUGGGCCAUGAAGGUCUAAAUAAAUUGCUCGACUCAUUCGAGACCAGAAGUGCGGAGGCUGUCUGCACGUUUGCAUUCUCUAGCGGGCCUGGUUCGGACCCAAUUCUGUUUCAAGGUAGAACAGAGGGAACCAUUGUGAGACCAAGAGGGCCUGCAAACUUUGGUUGGGAUCCGAUAUUUGAGUACCAAGGCAAGACCUAUGCUGAAAUGGACAAGGAAGAAAAGAACCGUAUUUCACACAGAUAUAAAGCUCUGGUCAGUUUGCAGGAUUGGUUGACCGACGGAGGUCUCUGAUUUCACCGGUGGAGCCCACGGUCAGUCAGUGUUGGUAUUAAGGGGUCCCUUGUAUAACUGUAAGAGGCUCAGUCUCUUUUGUUCGCCCGGUCUCUCUUCCAAGAUUCUACCCAGCUAGAAAUCCUCGCGCAGUUGGACUCUACAUCGUCGUCCUUCUCACUAUUCAAUUCAACCACAAUUUCCUCAUCGAAAGCUUCUCGGGCUUCUUCAAGCAGAAUACCGAAUAUCUCCGCAUCCAAAUUUUCCUGCAGUUUCGUUUGAUUGU